GUCCAAGCAGGCCCCGCCUUGCAUGCCCCACAUGUCUGUGGUUGUGAACGGAGGGAGGUUAUGCCUGGUCUUGGCGGACGCGGAUCGGUCGCAUAAGAUUAUGUGGUGCGGGAUUAGCGAGCCAUCGAGCUGUCCCCUCCCUGUGCUCUACUGCUCUUGCGCCUUGCUAGCUUGCUUGCUUCCCUGCUCCCUCCCUCCUCCUCCUCGUCGCCUCUUCUCUGGUUCUUCCUGGUGUUUGCCGGAGCGAGGCUAGGCGCAAGGGGAGGGAGCUGCGCUCAGCCAGAGCUCAUCGGCGCUACGCAAGCGCGCUGCCUGGUUGGCCUUUUCCUACUGGAACUGCAGUACUUUGGACAUGCUUUUUGCAAAUACUUGCAUUAAGGAUGAAUAAAAUGUUAAGCAACGACUGUUUAGGGACACAGGAGCCUCAUACGUUUUGCAAGACCACUGAAACAUUGGAACAUUCACACCUUCAAGAGAUUACACUCGAUAAAACAGCGGCGGGGUCAACGCUAAUAAGUCAUCAAAAUGAAGAGAGAAAUGUCCAUUUACAGUUGAGAAUUGACCCAUUUGUGGCUUGUAAAGGUAGAACUGGAAGCAUAUUUAUUGUGUCAAAGUGGAAAAGGGAAUGUUCUAGUUAAUGUGUUCAAAUGAUGUGUGCUGCAUUGCCGAACUAUCAGGGGAAAACACUGAAAUAAUGGAAAUCAGCUUAUUGCAUAAUGAAUCUGAUGCAGGAAGCACCAGUUUGCUACCGCUGCCAUUGUUGUCAUAUGGUCCAAGAUCAAUGGUUCCAAUACAAGUACCACCAUCAUCAGACUUUGAGAGUAUCCUGUCACCAGAGCCAAUCUACAGUGAUCUUCAGUUGAAAGAGAUGAACUACAAUGCAGCAGCAAUGGAUGAAAGCACUGAGUUCCUUCACUUGAUUCUUAGUGGCAAUGAUGAAGGAUACAAUAGCACAACUGAAUUACAAGUUUGGGAUGUUGUGGACUUCUAUGUCUCAGAAAACUUUUCUGCUCUCCAAUUUGAUAGUUUGAUGGGUUUUACAAAUGAAGUUAGUACUUCCUACAAUGAUUGUAUGAAUUUAGUUGAUAUGGUAGAGCGGCCCGUGGCUCGUCUGUCUCUAGAUGAUACACCAAAACCCAGUAACAGUGAUGAUGCGGUUCCGGCAGACAAUGUCACAAUGGACCCUGAUGAAACAUCCUUAUACCUUCAGACAAAACCAACAGAUUCAGAAACAGAAAGUAGUUCUGCCGCAGGAGAUGUUGAAACUGAAUAUCUAGAUCUAAAGCUACUUUCUAGAUGUAUGCCUGAUUUAAUGGAUGUUGACUCGCCCAAUUGCUUAUCGAAAACACCAGUGAAAAAAAAGCAUGUGACUCUUGUGCUUGAUUUGGACGAGACUCUGGUACAUUCAACAUUGGAUCACUGCGACAAUGCUGAUUUUACCCUAGAAGUUUUCUUUAAUAUGAAAAAUCACACAGUGUAUGUGAGAAAAAGGCCUUACCUGAAAAUGUUUCUUGAGAAGGUUGCUCAGAUGUUUGAGGUUGUCAUUUUCACAGCUAGUCAGAGAGUCUAUGCUGAGCAACUUAUAGAUAAACUUGACCCUGAUGGAAAAUAUAUCUCACGGCGUAUUUAUCGUGAAUCUUGUGUAUUCUCUGACGGUUGCUAUACAAAGGACCUGACAAUUCUGGGGAUCGACUUGGCAAAAGUUGCAAUAGUUGACAAUACUCCACAGGUUUUCCAGUUGCAAGUGGAUAACGGCAUACCGAUUAAGAGCUGGUUUGAUGACCCCUCAGAUCAGGAACUGAUCGAGUUGCUCCCGUUCUUGGAGAGCCUCGUGGAUUCAGAGGACGUGAGGCCAAUAAUUUCAAAGACCUUUCAUGACAAACUUGAGCAGAAUUAGUUUGAGGCGACAGAUGUAUCAUCCAGUGAACCUGUCGCUGAAGUUAGCUUCGCUCCACAUGGUGCAGGCCAUCAUUCUUGGGAAGUUAGAUAUAGGAUGAAAAAUCACAAUUUCUGUUAUGUUAGCUGUUACAAAUAGCAAGCAUAAACUGCGGUCGUUGUCUCGUCGAUGAAAAUGGCUUGUAUAUGUAUGUCCCUUUGGGCUUCCGUGUCACGGAUCAUUGUACAGAGACGAACAUUAGUGCUGAAUAAAGUGAUCUGAGUGCAAUUUUGCUCA